AUGCGCUUCUCCAUCUUCGCCCUCGCCGCCUCCCUGGCCGCCGUGGCAACUGCUUCUCCUCUCGUCAAACGCGCACCCAUCAUCAACAGCACACAACCCUUCUAUCUCAUCACAACAAACUCACCAACCUACUCUCAAAACUCUUCAUCGCUUCCCAACGUCACUUUGACCACUCUUUUCGACCCCUACUACAAACCUAACUACCUUCUCCGCCUCGCCUAUCCCGGCUAUGGCAGUGUUCCCCAAUUUACACUUUCGGACGGAGUGCUGCACUGUCCUGAACAGGGCCCCCACGGUAUUGGCAACUAUAUCUUCAACAGCACUGAUGUGCAUACUGGCUCAGAGUUGCAAUUCAGAGCUCAGUACGAGGGAACCGGAGAUUUGACUCUCGAGAAAGGAUAUCUGCUUGGUGUGAAUGGAAGCACGACUGGAUGGACCAUCUGUGUGGAGGAGCUGGGCCAGAGCGUUAUUGAGUGGCAGGGCACAGAUGAGGGAUGCACGCAGACCUACAUCCAGGCUGCUUUGACCAAGCCUUACUAG